AUGGCGAGCCCAAGAUCAGUGUCGCGAGUCCCCAAAGCAUGCGACCCUUGUAAUCGACGUAAAGUCCGCUGCAACGGUCAGCAGAGAUGCCAACAAUGCGAGCACCUGGAUCUUCUCUGUACCUACACAGAGAAUCGCUCAGCACGAUCAAGAAAGCACUCACUGCAUCGUGGUGCAGUCAUCUCAAAAUAUAAAAGCGGUGCCACAUCAAAAACCACAGCCUUGAUGCCGCGUCUCUCUCCCCUGACAACCAAACUCCCACCCUCAUACUUCGAGAGUCUUCUCCCGGAUUACAUGUCCUACGUAUAUCCAUUCAGCCCCAUAAUCACGGACACCGAAAUCCUCAACUCAAUCACAAAAAUGGACACGGAAAGAGAACACGCUUCGUUCGUCUACGCCUUCACAGCGGUUACCCUCGACCUAACCCGCGCCUCACAAACUAGCUCAACACCACCCUCAACCUCCCAAAUAACAGACCUAAUGCGCCAAUCCGUCGAAGCCCAACAACCACUGGUAAUCGGCUUCCGGCCCUCCAUCCUCCGCGCCAUGACAAGCAUCUUCAUCCAGAUGUGCGCCAUGAGCCUGGGCCACUACGACCUAGGCUUCUUCUACCUGCGCGAAGCAAUAAGCAUGAUCCAGAUUCUGCGCAUAAGCGACAAAACCGUCUUAGCGGGCCUCAGCGGCGCCGAACGAGCCCGCCGCCAACGCCUCUACUGGCAGUGUUUCAUCCACGAGCGGUUCAUGUCGAUCGUGUAUUUCUCGCCGGUCACGCUGCCGCCAGCACAGUACCCGGAGGAAGACACGACGACGGCGUCUGUGUCGAUGGGGAUCCAGGCGGGGUGGACGCAGGUGAUUAAGACCUUUUGCAUGCUUGAUGCGAGCUUUAUUAGUCAUUGGAUUGGGGAUCGGUCGGGGGUGACGGCGUCGUGGGUUGAGGGGAAACAUCGCGAAUUGGACGAUGAGUUGUGGGAGGUUGAGGUGGCUGUGUUGUCGGAGUUGCAGCAGGCGGAUUUGGUCAUUACGCGGCAGUGGAUGAGGACCUUGUUGUGGCAGAUGGCGAUGUCGAAUUGUUUGCUGAGCUCGCAUGCAUCGUGUCCUUCGUUGGAGUUGGAGAUGCCCUUGAGAUUGUCGAGUCAGCUCAGGCAAUUUUUGACUAAGAUCGAGCAGAAUACUAUUCGUGUGCAUGGGUCGUCGAUGGUUAGCAAGCUGCUGGAGAUUAUUAAUACUAUUGCUGAUGUGGUGAUUCAUGUACCGCAAGCCACGAGGGAGGAGACGACGGAGAGGAUUGAGGAUAUUGUUGUUAUGCAGGAUGUUGUGUUCUCAUUUCAUAAUUUGCAGGUGAUGUCGAAGAAUAUCCUGCUGGAUAAGUUCCGGCUGAUUCAGGGAAGAUUCCCCCAUAUUGAAGUUGCUAGGCAGUUGGCUGUCUAA